UGAAAAAUGCUUAAUCAUUCUUCAUGUUUUCAGUUUGCCUUACUGGAAGAAAAGCAUUCUUAACUGUUGGAUUUCAGAAUGAAUUCCAGCCAAACUAAUAUUGUGGAUAUUACUCCUCUCUGCUAUGAAUUUGUAAAUGGAUCUUGUCCAAAGUUUGUCUAUCCUGCACUUUUGAGGGUUUCUCUUUAUUUGUUCUUUACUGCAGUGGUGACUUUAACAGUGUUUGGAAACCUUUUUGUCAUUGUAACCAUUAUUCAUUUUAAGCAGCUGCACAUGCCGACUAAUUACCUUGUUUUGUCUCUGGCUGUGACUGAUCUGCUUCUCGGUAGUGCUGUGAUGCCUCCUUUCAUGGUACAGUGUAUUGAUAAUUGUUGGUAUUUGGGCCCUGUAUUAUGCAAAGUAUACAACAGUAUUGUUAUCAUGGUGUGCACUGCUUCUAUUUUAAAUUUGUCAUUUAUAUCUAUUGACAGAUACUAUGCUGUAUGUCAUCCUCUGCAAUAUCAAACUAAAAUCACCCCCUUUGUUACAGGAAUAAUGAUUUUUAUCUGCUGGAUUGUCUCAGCGGCAGUUGGUUUUGUAAUAAUAUUUCUGGAAAUUAACCUUAUAGGCGCUGAAGACUUUUACUAUGAGCAUGUUGCAUGUGAAGGAGGUUGUGUCUUGUUCCAAAGUACAACAUCAAGCACUUCUUCCUCUUUGCUUUCUUUCUAUUUUCCAGGUGUUGUAAUGCUCAGUAUAUAUAUGAAAAUAUUCCAUGUUGCUCAAAAGCAAGCAAAGUCUAUUCAGGACUCAAAAUGUAAAAACAGUACUCAAUCAAUUAUAAAAAAAGAGGAGAAAAAAGCCACCAAAACCCUGGCAACUAUUUUAGGGGUUUUCCUUUCACUUUGGAUGCCGUUUUUCAUCUGUAAUGUAAUGAAUCCUUAUAUUGGUUAUGCAAUCCCUCCAGGUUUUUUUUUUACACUUGCAUGGAUUGGAUAUAUGAAUUCAACAGUCAACCCUAUUGUGUAUGCUUUUUUCUAUGCAUGGUUUAGAAAAGCAUUCAGGAUGGUUUUAUCAGGGAAAAUAUUUCAGCCAGGGUCUUCAAGAACAAAUUUGUUUUCACACUGAAAAAUAUUUACCCCAUGACAAAUGUCUGUUAAAAUGAUCACAAAAAAGAUGCUAUGUACUGAACUAAAACCACUGAUAAUAACUUGAUAGUAAAUGUAUGUAGAGACAGUAAAUACAUAUAUGUAGAGACAAAUAAAGAAGUAUUUUGAACUUU